AUGAAUAUAUUAGCGGAAUAUAGUUCUGAAAGUGAAUUUGAGAGUGAAGAGAACUUAAAGAGCCAGAACUCGGAAGAAGUAAUACCGCCGAUCGAGAAUUGGGAAAAAUCCGGAGAAGUAAGUAAUCUUGAAGAGUGGCAGAGGACUCAUAGAGACGAUAUCGAUACUGUAAUAAAACUACCUCCGAUACCUAGCAGUGUUUACGACAAGUACCAAAUUCCACCGAACACAGAUAAAUACAUUGAGCGUACAGAUAACGGGAUGAGUCUUGGUGCAAUUAAAGGCAGCGAUGUGUUUAAAAGAAAUAUCGGUAAAUGGUCCUGUUUCCUGUACAUAGAGUACCGACCUUCUAGUACAGAGCGAGAAAUGAUUAGCAAGACAUUAAGUCAGUUCAAUCAGAGCUGGCAAAAGAAAUUCCCUGGGACAGACAUUUUUGAACCGUUGCACUACACAACGUUGGGUGUCCCUGUCCCCUUACACAUAUCGUUGACAAAGAACAUACCAUUUGACUCUGAAACUCAAAGAGACAGAUUUUAUAACAUCCUGGUCCCAAAAGUUGCUCAGUUACGCCAGCAUUUAGUUCAGUUCGAAGACACGUUAAGGUUCUAUGGCUCACCACAGACCACGAGUGUGUUUCUCGGAUAUAAUGUUGCCCAGUCUGUUAAGGACAAUAUAAUCAAGGACAUAACAGACAACAUUGAAAGUGCACUAAUUGAUAGUGGCCUCAGUGAGUCAGAUAAGAUGGUCACUGUGCCAUCAUUCAGUCAUAUGUCAAUAGCCAAACUGUCCAAUGCGCCUAAAGAUAUACUGGACAAAGUUGGCUAUGCAGAUUCCAACCAGAUGGCAAAACAAAUUCAAGAUUACGUAGAGAUAUCACCAAACCAGCAACCGGUCUUCUACGUAUCCUCUAUUAAAAUGAACAAAAACAGAGAACUCCUCACCAUCCCAUUUGCAACACCAUGA